AUGGCAUAUGCAUAGGGUUAAAUCACAGCAGCUACUGCUCGUUUUUAGCCCGAGUAUCUGUUUCCUCCCUUAACCCCAGCCUCCAAGGGUGAAUGGCCUUUGUUUGAUCUGAGCCUUAAUAUUACGGCUCCGUACAUAAACAUGCUUCCGUAAGGAAGGAGCUCCCUUUGUUUGGCUGCCUUGGGAUACUAAACCGCCUGCGUUUCCUCCUGCUGUUUCAGGGUUUCCAGCUGCUGAGCGCGCGGAUAAAGCCCUGCUGCAGGGACGUUAGGAGCAGAGCUGAAAAUACAGCCAUCAUACAGGAGAGAAAAGCAGAAAUAAGCAGAGGCAUCAUCGGUCAGAGACUCCCCCGGUACUGACAAGACUGUGAUCUGUUUACAGACAAUGGGCCUGCAUAAUUUUUCUGAUUACUCUGAAUAUAUUCAUAACUAUAAUGACGAUUCAGAUUAUACCUAUGAUGAGUUCGACAGCCUGAAGACAAACCCAUCCCACAAUGGAAAAGACAUUGCUAGGAUCCUCUCCGUUGUCAUUUACAGUGUGUCCUGCGUGUUGGGGUUACUAGGGAAUGGCCUCGUCAUUGCAAUCAUAACUCUAAAGAUGAAGAAGUCAGUCAAUGCCAUCUGGUUUCUCAACCUGGCUGUUGCUGACUUCCUCUUCAACAUCUUCCUGCCCAUAAAUAUUGCUUACACUGCCAUGAGGUACCACUGGAUCUUUGGGAAAGUCAUGUGCAAGUUAAACUCCUUCCUUCUCAUCCUUAACAUGUACACCAGCGUCCUUCUGCUCACCACCAUCAGUUUCGAUCGCUAUGUGUCGGUGGUUUUUCCUGUCUGGUCUCAAAACCAUCGAUCAACCAACCUAGCAUAUUUAGUUUGCUUGAUUAUCUGGACCAUCGGCAUCAUUAUGAGCUGCCCUUCUCUCAUCUUCCGAGACACGGCGCAAGCCUCCAGCUCCGUGAUUUGUUUUAGCAAUUUUUCCCUAUCCAGCAAUAAAUCUUAUCUACCGCUGGCCUUAGCAAGACACAGAACAGUGACCAUCACCAGGUUCCUCGCUGGGUACAUCCUUCCCAUAACCAUCAUCACCUUCUGCUACAUCGCCAUCGUCUUCAACCUACGACGAAACCGCCUUGCCAAAUCCAAAAAGCCCUUCAAGAUCAUCGUCACCAUUAUAAUCACCUUCUUCCUUUGCAUCGUCAUUCCUAUAACCACGGCACUCGCUGCCUCCAACAGCUGCAUGAACCCUGUCCUCUAUGUCUUCAUGGGCCAGGACUUCAAGAAGUUCAAGGUUGCCAUCUUUUCCAGACUGGUCAAUGCCCUCAGCGAGGAGACGGGCCACUCCAGCAUUGUUCACAGGAGCUUCUCCAAGAUGUCUUCAAUGACUGAGAAGGAGACAACGGUACUGUAAACUCAGCCUGGAUGCCUGUGGCAGUCACAGUCCUCCGGUGUUACCCAUGCCCACUGCUAAAACGGUGGCCACCCUGGCUGUGGCCACUGGUGCAGGGGAGGGCACAGUCUGAUGCUGUCCUGCAGCAUAUUCUUUGACUGGCUUUGCUGCCUGGGGGCUGGCAGAAGUUGGAGACCACUGCUUUGUGCAUACGGAGAAAACAAAACUGCCCUUAGCUUUUCUUGGCAAUUGGAAAGACGGUUGCACUGAGCUGUCCCAGCGCUCUCCAACUAUUUAAGAAAACAUUUCCUGACAUUCCUAUAUAACCUAUGCAUCGUCUGGCCUAUAUGCUGUGAUAAGGGCGCUCCUGCGGCUUCCAGAGACAUUUGCCCCCUUAGAGGAACUGUGUUGCGCAGCGGUUUUAACACACGUGCAGAUGAGAGCCUGUGCUGUGCGUGAGUUACGCGGAGGUCCGUGAGGACCCCACGUGCCAGAGACGCUCAUGGCAAAGGGAGAA